AGGCUUCUUUUAAUAAAAAUUCACUGUGGAUAUUAAUCUCUGCGAACUUGUGCGUCACGGCAGCAACAAUCUGGUCCUCAAAGCGACUAAUGUUUUAAUGUUGCUUACGGUUGGGGCUUUGCCAUGUACCGUUUGCUCAGCAGCGCAUUCGAUGGCUAGCUCAGUUCAGUUGCAUCCGUGUGAAAAGAUGUGGCAUUGCAUCUGGAUCGAAAGCUCCUGCCGCUUACACUUCACUUUUCAGAAACCUUCUAGGUUAGAGCCAGGUCACUCAAUGCCCAAUACAUACAACAUACUGUCAGUCUUCAAAAACAGAUUAAUUCAUCAAAAAUAGAUAUGGAAAUGUUCAAGCAUAGAGAAUUGGAGUUGUAUUCUUGCUCAUUUUUGUAGGGAAAAAAAACUA